GUUUAUAGUUCGUUGGAAGUUGAGCUGCUUUUGCAAUGGAAAAACCCUUCAUUUUUGUUGGAGUGGCACUCCUGGUGCUUCUGCAACUCAGUGGUUCGGUAAAAGGGGCAGAUAUCUGCCGGUUGUUCGCGAACAACACGGUGAUCCGAGAUCCCGAUUCCUGCAGUCGAUCGAUCACGUGCAUCGAUUCCGUGAGCCACUACACAACCUGUCCGCAAUCCGCGUCCUUUUUCGACAAGGAUGCGGGUAAAUGUGUGAAGAGCCUGUCGGCCAGCUCCACGUCCAGCUGCUCGAUUUCCUGCCAGGACAAGGCCACCCAGUUCGUGGCGGAUCCAAAGUCCUGCACCGGAUACUACUACUGUUCGGCUGAGGAGGUGGCCAUGUACGGCAGCUGUCCGCAGGACACCCACUUCAAUGCCACCACGCAAACCUGCUCCCGGUUGCACGAAUCGGAAUGCACGACCAGCAGUUUCGAGUACUGCAACAUUGUGGCGAACGGCGUGAACUUUGACAAUCUGCUGGGAUGCAACAGGUAUCAUGUGUGCACCAAGGGUGUCCUCAAGGACCAGACCUGCAAGGAUUCGUAUUAUCAGGCCAGCACUGGCCAGUGUGUGUCCAAGGCGCUCGUUGACUGCGAUGCCCAUCCGCUGCCCACCGAUGUUUGUGGCACCGCCAAGAAGCCGAAAUCCGAUGCAUUUGUCAAGGAUGGUGCCACCUGCCGUGGGUACUUCUAUUGCGCCCUGCAGGCUGAUGGCACUCCCGAUGCCAAUCCCCUGUGGCAUCAGUGUCCCGAGGAUCGGUUCUUCGACGAAAAGAGUCAGGCAUGCGUGACCCCCAAUUCGGUGAAGUGCACCGAGGAUCGUUGCGAUGGCCGCACUUCCGACUUUGUGGUGAGUGCAACAUCCGGUUGCCGGCAUUACCUGCGCUGCUCGGAUGGAGUCACCCAGUACGAGAGGUCCUGCGGCAACUACUUCUUCGACGAGGACCUCGGCGGCUGCGUCGCCAGUGUCAAAACCUACACCGCGUGUACCUAAAAAAAAAACAAUCAAUAAAGCUCAGCAAUCUAUGUUUUUAAAACAAAUGUAAAUGUAAAAGAAAGGGGAUUUCUUGGCGGGGUGUAUAGAAGUUGGUGUUG